AUGGAUUCUCAGAAUAUUAAUUAUCUUGUUAAUUUUUUGGAAAGUUCAUCAACAAUUCCUGACGAUGUAGACACUACUAUCAUUAACAAUAUAAUAUAUUAUACUCCAAGACUUCGAUCACUCGAGCAACUCCGCAGAUUUUGCAAUGCUAUUUUUAAUUCUUCAAUAUGGGGUUUAUAUGAUCAGGAUUUAGUUAUGUAUCAACUAGGUGAAGGUAUUAUAUCAUGGAAGUUACAAAUCUCAGAACCAGUUAUUUCGUUAUAUAAUUUUUUCAAAAUUUGGGAUGAAAUUUUCUUUAAUUGUAAUAAAUGGUCAUUAUCAAAAAUUGCAUUUUGUUCAGGGAUUUUAAGUACUAAGGAAAUGUUCAUACAAUUACAAGGAAAUCAAUACCUGGAUUCAACAGGGAAGGUUAUUAAAUUUUAUGAGACUUGGAAAUUCAACACACUAUUACCUGUGUGGAAUUCUAUGUUAUCAAAGGUUGUCGCAGAACCAAAUUUGAAGGCAGACAUUCUCGUAUUUCUUCUUGCUAUGAUUAAUACAAAUGAAGACAUUUCUAAGCUUCAUCAUUUACCAUGGGAUUUAAUAUCAAAAUCGAUCAUAAAUCAAUUUGAAUACUAUAUAUUCCCGUAUAAUAAUAGAAUAAAUAUACAAUUGGCAAAAUGUAUCGAAAAAAAUAUUAACAUCCUUGUAAGAAUGAUACAAAUAUCGUUUAAGUUUACUUCUAUAUCGACCUGUGACAUAAUAGAACAUAAAAUUGAAACCUUUUCGAAUGAUUUUUAUAACCAAGAAGUAGAAACAACUAUAGGAACUGGAAGAUCCAAGAAAUAUGAUUUAGAUAGAAAUUAUUUUAAUAUUUUAUUGAUUGUAAUUUUAACUUUAAAGGGAUUAAUACAAAAAAGAAUUUCAAGUUCAGCUUCAUUGAAUAAUUUAUCUUUCAGAAUAAUUAACAUUUUAAGCAAUCUAAAUUUCAUUGCUUAUGACAUUGGAAGUUUUGAGACAUAUGAUUAUGUUUUUGAUUUUGCAUGUUAUGAAAUCACCAGGAUAGAUAAUGGUUUAUCACAGCAUAUAGUACGGGAUAAAUAUUGGUUAUUCAUGAAAAUUCUAAGUAAUCAAUGUAACCUUACAAAAAUCAAAAAUACAAAAAAUAUUUCUAAAUUAGAACUCUCAAGAAUAAAAUUUUUCAUUAAUUUUUUGAAAAAGACAAUAUUUAAUUGUGGCGUUUCAAAUCUUAUUAACAGAUUUGUUGAAACAGACAUCUUCCAUAAAUUAGCAAAUAUUUACUUAAGUUUUAAAGAAUUGGGGAUUGCUGACACUUCUCAUGAGUUGAUGAUCUUGAUUCUAACCAUUUCUCCGUUAGACUUCAAAAUAUAUGAAAAAUUUUUGGUUCAAUAUGUAUCGACUAUAAUUGCCCAACUAAUGGGAAAUGAAUUAUCAUCAUUACAAUACCUUGAGAUUUCAAGAAAGUUAUCCAGCGAUUACAAAUUUCAAACAAAACUGUCAGAAGAGAGGUCUAAUUUGAUAUCCUAUACUAUUUUGAAUGAAAUAAAAAAAAUACAUCUCCUAGAGGAGAGUGCAUUACACAAAAAAAAUACUAAUGGUUCUGAUACUCCUUUAUCAAGCAUGUUUGCAUUGUUUGAUAGUUUGAUAUAUUCUCUUCAAUUAAGCAGAAUUAAUUCAUUUCUGCAUUGGAUACCUAUUAUUGAAGAAUUGUAUAGUGAUGGGUUGUUUGCAUUACAUAGAGAAGAAACCUUGCGCUUAUUGGGGAGUCGUAUCAUUGAUUCAAGACAAGAAUAUGCAUUAAAAUGGUGGUACGACAAGAAUACCUCAUUACAAAAGCAAUUGCAAUAG